AUGUAUGUUUGGAAAAAAACCAUUUCCUGCUCAUUUACAGUAGUUUUCGCAAUAAUUUUCAAUGGACUACCGUAUCAGCCUGAAAAUUCAGGCUUGUGUGAUGACGCCACGAAGUUGUGUGGAUCAUUGGAAGCACAAACCAGCUGUGGUCAAUGCAUCAAACAACAUCCGGAUUGCGCAUGGUGUCGGGAUCCGCCUGAAAAUUCAGGCUUGUGUGAUGACGCCACGAAGUUGUGUGGAUCAUUGGAAGCACAAACCAGCUGUGGUCAAUGCAUCAAACAACAUCCGGAUUGCGCAUGGUGUCGGGAUCCGGUGACCCUAUUCUACGGAAGACCCUGGAUGAGGGAGAUGAGCGCCGACCACGGUGCAACGAGGAGUACCCCGUGUUCAUGGUAUAUUUUUCAGCACAGUACCGAGCAAAAUCGAUGUAAAGUAAGAUCGGCGUUCAAGACGGAGACAUGCAAUCCGUCCUACGUCUACUCGCCGGCUACGGAGAUUCGAAUUGGUCCACACGUGAGUUUUCCAUGGAAUAUAUGCUAUUUCUAUGUUUGUUUUUGA